GCUGCUGCAACCCGCUGAGCAUGGGCUACAUCAAAAAAAUAGUGGAGCAGAAAAUCCCAGGGAUUUACGUCCUGUCUCUCAAGAUUGGGAACAACCUGAUCCAGGAUGUGGAGAACAGCUUCUUCCUGAACGUGAAUGCCCAGGUGGGGCAGGUGUGCAGGCAGCUCGGCGGGGACCCGCGCCUGCAGGGCGGCUACAACGCCAUGGGCUUCUCCCAGGGGGGGCAGUUCCUGAGGGCAGUGGCCCAGAGGUGUCCUUCUCCUCCAAUGCUCAACCUGAUCUCUGUUGGGGGACAGCACCAAGGAGUCUAUGGCUUCCCGCGCUGCCCCGGGGAGAGCUCCCACCUCUGCGACUGGAUCCGGAAGACGCUGGAUUUGGGUGCCUACACACCAGCUGUUCAGGAGCACUUGGUCCAAGCAGAGUAUUGGCACGACCCUCUGAAGGAGGAGGAGUACAGGAAAAACAGCAUCUUUCUGGCUGACAUCAACCAGGAGAGGGGCAUCAAUGAGACCUACAAGAAAAACCUGAUGGCUCUGAAAAAGUUUGUGAUGGUGAAAUUCCUCAAUGAUACCAUGGUUGACCCACCCAUCUCUGAGUGGUUUGGGUUUUAUAAAAGUGGCCAAGCCAAGGAGACCAUCCCACUGAGGGAAACCUCACUGUACACAGAGGAUCGCCUGGGUCUGCAGGAGAUGGACAAAGCAGGAAAACUGGUGUUCCUGGGGGUGGAAGGGGAUCACCUGCACUUCUCAGAAGAGUGGUUUGACACCACUAUCCUCCCCUUCCUCCAGUGAGGCUGAGGGGAGGCCCCCAGAGCAGCAGGGUCUAUCACUGCCACUAAUGCUGCUACUUGUGCAACAGCACUUUGGGCAGGGGCCUGGGGGGGACUGGGGAAGGGGACAGGCAGGGGGGUUGGC